AUGAAGACGAGCCGCCGCGGCCGAGCGCUCCUGGCCGUGGCCCUGAACCUGCUGGCGCUGCUCUUCGCCACCACCGCCUUCCUCACCACGCACUGGUGCCAGGGCACGCAGCGGGUCCCCAAGCCCGGCUGCGGCCAGGGCGGGCGCGCCAACUGCCCCAACUCGGGCGCCAACGCCACGACCAACGGCACCGCCGCCCCCGCCACGGCCGCCGCCGCCGCCGCCGGGAACGGCCCCCCUGGCGGCGCGCUCUACAGCUGGGAGACGGGCGACGACCGCUUCCUCUUCAGGAAUUUCCACGCCGGCAUCUGGUACUCGUGCGAGGAGGAGCUCGGCGGGCGCGGUGAAAAAUGUCGCAGCUUCAUUGACCUGGCCCCAGCAUCGGAGAAGGGGGUCCUGUGGCUGUCCGUGGUCUCCGAGGUGCUCUAUAUCCUCCUGCUGGUCGUUGGCUUCAGCCUGAUGUGUGUCGAGCUCGUGCGCUCCAGCAAUGUCAUCGACGGGCUCAAGCUCAACGCCUUCGCCGCUGUCUUCACGGUGCUGUCAGGUCUCCUGGGAAUGGUAGCCCACAUGAUGUACACACAAGUAUUCCAGGUCACUGUGAGUCUUGGCCCUGAAGAUUGGAGACCCCACUCCUGGGACUACGGGUGGUCGUUCUGCCUGGCGUGGGGCUCCUUUACCUGCUGCAUGGCAGCCUCUGUCACCACACUCAACUCCUACACCAAGACGGUCAUUGAGUUCCGGCACAAGCGCAAGGUCUUUGAGCAGGGCUACCGGGAGGAGCCGACCUUCAUAGAACCUGAGGCCAUCAAGUACUUCCGGGAGAGAUGUGAAAUCAAGGCACAGAGAGGUAAAGUGACUUGUCUAAGGUCACACAGCUGGGGAGUGCCAGAGAUCGAGAAGGGGGAUGGGCACGAGGAGGAGGACCUGCGCUUAGACUGUCGUCACGAGCGAUACACUGCCCGACACCAUCCGCACAUGGGAGAUUCCUGGCCCCGGAGCUCUACACAGGAGGUCCCCGAGCUGAACCGCCAGUGCUGGGUCCUGGGGCACUGGGUGUGACCGAGACCCAGCGUGGCCCCCAGACUUCAGGCUGCCAUCGGAAGCGGCCCCCCCGCCACAAGACCACGGGUCUGGUGCCCCUGGAGAGUUGGCCUGUGUGCUGUGAACUCGGCCAGCCUGUGUAGGAGACACAGGCCUGCCCUUCCCACCACCGCCUGGGGCUCAGGGCCCUGGACACGGAACCGGGGUGGCCUCAGGCAUGCACGGGGCUGCACAUGGCGACUUUGGGACAGCGACUCCUGACUUUUGCCACCGUCACACGUGACGCCCUGUCCACUGCAGCCAGGAUGCCACGGAAGACACUGUCGUUGGCCCUGGAAAGCGGGCCGGGAAGUUCAGGGGGUGCCAGGCGGUGCAGAGCCCUGCCCGAGGCAGGGAGUGGGCGGGGCUUCCUGGCACUGGCACCACAGUGUGGGCACAGAGCAGGCACACAGCAGGGGCACAAUAAAUGCUUGUUGAACCUGUUUUCUUGCUAUGUGUGGAGGCCAGUUGCUCUCUGGGCUGUGGCUGCCCCCCAUGGCCCCACCCAAUCAGGUCCUCAAGGACCCUGAAGGUGAGACAGCCUGAGUGUGCUGGGGUCAGGGCCAGACACUGAGGUGCCCAGAGUGGAAGCUGGGUCUGGGGGGUUGGGGUCCACGUGGAGCCAGGCUGGCAUGCUGCCUUGGAUUCCAGAAGUGUGCAAGGUAGGAGGUAGGGAUGGGAUAGGCAGGUGGGAAACUUGGGAGACAGGGCUUCAAGCCCAGGCCUUAAGCUGCCCUGACCCCAUGGGGAUCCUUGACCCCAUGUCUAGAGGCACCUUUAUGUGGAGCCCUGGGGCUUAGGUGCCUGGAGAAACAUCCCUAUUAUAAAGAUGAGGGAACUUAGGGUCACAGAGAUGAAGUAACCUGCCUAAGAUAACAGAGCUAGUGAAUGGUAGAGAUGGGGUCAGAACCAGGACUUUAAGAAGACUCAUCCCUUUCCAGAUGGAUUUCUAGAGCUUUCCCCCAAGUGGAGAAUGUUCUGCAGACUUCCAUACAUCCAUCCAUCACCAACCCUUCAUCCAUCCAUCCAUCCAUCAUCUUCCAUCCAUCCAUCCCUUCAUCCA